AUGGCCGACGCUGUUUCAUCCGUCGAAGCCAUGGCUCCCUCCUGCCCGCUGCCAGAUCCCACUCCCACCAACACCGCCAAUAUAAACAAUACCGCCUCCAUGACCCCUCCAUCCAGCGCAGACGGAGACAAAGUUGGGGAGAAGACCUCUCCAGGGCCCUCGAUCGCUGCCUCUGCUACCACCCCUUCUACGUCCUCCUCUUCAUCCUCCUCAACCACCUCAGACCUUUCCGACAUGGAUCUCGAUUCCAAUGCGAAUACCACAACUACUGCGCCUGACUCGACUACAGCUGCGGAUGAGAUUUUUCCGGAUCACUAUUACGGAGGGGGGAGGAUUCCGGUAUUUAAACCUACAAUGGACCAAUUCUGCGAUUUUGCUUCCUUUGUACGCAAAGUCGAUCACUACGGGAUGAAGUCCGGGGUGAUCAAGGUUAUCCCGCCUAAGGAAUGGACCGAUGCACUUCCACCCCUCGAAGAAGCAAUCAAAACUAUCCGUGUCAAAAACCCAAUCAUGCAAGAAUUCCACGGAUCGCAUGGCACAUUCACCCAGGCCAAUAUCGAAAAACAACGCUCAUAUAACCUGCCGCAAUGGAAAGCGCUGUGCGAGGAGAGUAGUCAUCAACCCCCCGCCCGACGCGGCGAGCGGAGACGGAACCAGGAAAAGGUGACCCGUGGUGGUGCGUACAAGCAACAAUCUAGAUCUAAUUCGCAGAGGCGGAAACCGGGGCCGAAACCUAAGCGCGUAGAAAUAGUGGACAACAACAACAACAACAACAACAACAACAACAACGCUGUCAAACCUAGAGAGGAUUCCACAGAGGCCCAUGUGGAUAAGUCAAAGCCGGAAAGCCCUCCAACCCCCGUCUCUCCGGAAUCCAGACCCAUGGAAACCAAGACAGAGGUACUUAGUGAUAGAGAGGUCUUACCGCCUCCUAAACCUAAAGGAAGACAGCCCAAAUCCGUCUCUGCCAGGAGAAAAUAUAACCGUGGCGACGCUGCGGAUUACAUUGAUGAGGAAGCCUUCAAAGAUUUCGACUACCGACUUUCUGGCACCGAGGAAUUCACCCCUGAACGAUGCGAGGAGCUGGAAACUGCCUAUUGGAAAUCACUCAUGUAUAACAACCCCAUGUACGGCGCGGAUAUGCCUGGGUCUCUCUUCGACGAUAGCGUAACUUCAUGGAAUGUUGCCAAACUGCCAAAUCUAUUGGAUAUUCUUGGACAGAAGGUUCCCGGUGUCAAUACUGCCUAUCUGUAUCUGGGAAUGUGGAAGGCAACCUUCGCCUGGCACCUCGAGGAUGUCGAUUUGUAUAGUAUCAAUUAUAUACACUUUGGCGCACCGAAGCAGUGGUAUAGCAUUUCCCAAGAGGAUUUGGGAAAGUUUGAAACUGCAAUGAAGAGUAUCUGGCCAACGGAUGCGAAGAACUGUGACCAGUUCCUCCGUCAUAAAACCUACUUGAUCUCCCCUGCUCUUCUAAAGUCACAAUUUGGCAUCAAUGUGAACAAAAUGGUCCACUUCGAGGGCGAGUUUGUCAUCACCUACCCAUACGGAUACCACUCGGGAUUUAAUCUGGGAUACAACUGUGCUGAAUCUGUCAACUUUGCGACUGAAAGCUGGCUGGACUAUGCUCGCGUCGCGAAGAAAUGUAACUGUGAGGCUGAUAGCGUUUGGAUUGAUAUCCGUGAAAUCGAACGCAAGCUUCGUGGCGAAUCCACGCCGGAGUAUUAUGAUGAGGACAUUGAGAUGGGUAGUGAUGACGAGGAUAUGACUAUGGACGGUGCCUCGGACCUCCUUACCCCGCCGCGCAGCGUGCCAGAAAAGCCCGGGGUAACGCGAGGCAGGAAAAGAAAAUGCGACAGUAACGAGUCAAGUCCGAAGGGUAAACGGGCUAAGAUGCAUGGGGAGGAUGGCCCCAAGAAGAUCCGUUGCGUCCUCUGUCCUCAUAGCAUGGACUAUGAAGAACUCCUAGCAACAGAAGAUGGCAAGUCUCACGCCCACCGCCGCUGCGCCACCUACAUUGAGGAAACAACCAUUCUCAAAGACGAAUCCGGCACAGAAGUAGUCUGUGAUAUCGACAAGGUCCCCAAGGCCCGUCUGGGUCUCAAAUGCCUCUACUGCCGCGAGAUCAACGGCGCCUGCUUCCAGUGCAUGCACGGCAAAUGCACGCGUGCCUACCAUCCCACCUGCGCUCUGCUAGCCGGGGUUCAGGUGGAGUUUGGCUCUGUAGCUGUCAUAGCUGAUGAUGGAGUUGAGUAUUCGGUGCCCGGGGUGGAUUUGAAGUGCAAGUAUCACCGGCCGAAGAAGUAUGCGUAUAUGCAGGGGGAGACGCCGGAUUUGGAUCCGAAACUUACGGUUGUUGCGAAGGGGCUGAGGAAGGGGGAGCUCGUGCAGUUUCAGGUGGAUAGGGAGAUAAAUGGGUGCGUUGUGCUUGAGAAUCGGGUGGGUGAAAGGGUGUUGCUGGUUAAGGUUUUGCCGAGGGGGGAUGUAAUCGAAUUACCCUAUCGAUUUUUGUUGAUUGUGCGAAAAUCAUCAUUCCCACCGCUCCCCCCCGGAAUUAAACCGCUACCUUCCCACCUCGCGCGAAAACCAGAUUCGAAGAAGGAUUUGGCUUCCUCCCUCCCAUCCCCUGGUACCCCAUUUGGCGAUGCGCGCUUCAUCUACCAAUGGGGCGAGUUUAUUCUUUUUAACCUUCCAUUCAACUCUUCCACAACCCACGUCGAUCUCUCGAAACCGGAGCAGAUGUGGUAUUACCUGGGCAAAUCAUCAACGGAGUGUCGUGCACAGUAUACCGAGAACCCCGAUAAACCGUUGCAUAAUCCUCGCUCGCAAUUUUUGGAGAUCGUCAAGUCGCUGAAUGCUCCUGUUGUGACGGCAGUGCCUCAGCUUCAUGGGCCGUCAUACGCACGCAAUCACCCCUCUAGGCCAUUCUCCAGGCCAUUCUCCAGGCAUCCAGUAGCCGCCCCACCGUACCCCGUAGUGACAUCGUCUGUUUCUGUACCCAUUACCGCUUCCGUUUCGCAACCCGCACAACAGCAAACAACAGCCAAAUCACAACUUGUAAAAUCGCCUACAGUCACGUCCCAUCAACCAAUUCUAUCGUCACAAAUUACAUCACAACCGUCCCCAUCCCAGCUAGGCAGCCCGCAAGUCCUGUCUGAGAAGCAACGGCCACCAGAGCCACAGAAUAAUAAUACCAAUAAUGCUAAUAAUAGCAAUCAUAAACUCCCGGUAUGGGCCAGUGACAUCACGUUGCAGUUUGCGAUGGCCCGACGUCUGGUGGCGUCUAUUACUGACCACGCCAAUCUUCGCGCUGGAUAUACAAUUGUCAAUUCUGACUUUGUCGUCCAGACGCUGCUGGGCCAGGCGGGCUCAGUCCUACCGACGAACGGGAUGGAGAAGUUGAAGACGGCUAUGGCGGAGUCAAUGGUUAGGCCUAAGAGCGAUAACAGCCACAGCAGCAGCAGCAGCAGCAGCAGCAGCAGCGAUAAUCACAAUAAUAAUUCGUCGUCGUCGUCGUCGCCACCACUGCAGCCACUGAAUAUGAAGGCGGAUGAAGUAGACCACCUGCUUCGAAUGCUACGGUUUGCACUUAUGAAUCUCACGACGAAAGUAACAGGCGCAGCGGGGAUGGUUGAAAAAAAAUCCCCAAAGAAAAGCACCCCGCAGGCUCCUGCUAAGGAAGAACUAUCCGGUGACGACGGUGAUGUUAGUGGCCUGCUGAUGCGUCCAAAACUGGAAGGUAAGUAUGCCUACUUGGAUGUGCAACGGCGCCAGUCAGCGUCGGUGUACCAGUCGCCGUAUGCGCCGGGUUUUGGGUUUUCGGAAUAUGCUAAGAAGGCGUAUCGAUUAGUUGGUGGUGAUGAUGAUGAUGAUGAUGAUGAAAUGGCUCAACAGCAGGGGAGUCAGUUGUCAUUGUCGCUACGGUAUUUUGAGUCGCUUUCGCGGACGGAUAAGGAUAAGGUUAUUGAGGCAUGUGGGGUGGAGGUUACGCGGCCCCGCUUACGGACCAGGAACGGGAAACCGGUUGUGGAUGAAGAAGAGACGCUUGAUAACGCAGUCUUUGAUGGGGAUGGCAGCCACAGCCACGGACACGGUCAUAGACAUAGUUCAGUGUCCAGAUUUGGCAAAUCGGCAUCCUCCCUGAACGGACCGGCGUCGUCCCUCGAUGCGAUGGCCCUAGACCACCACCACCAUCACAACCACCAUAAUGACCACCAAAACCACAGCCAUCACGACCACGACCACGACCACGUCUCCGUCUUUGACAUCUCCAUGGCCAUGCACACGCAAACACACAUGCACUUACCCCUCCACCAAGCCGACUCCCCCGCCUCAUCAAGCUUCGGCCGUCCACAAUUCCGCUACCAAUCCCCGCAAGACUUCUUACACAUCGAACAUGAAUCCUCCAUACUCCCCCGCCACCUCCAACUGCAACUCCAUGAACACGACCACGACCUCUUCGGCGACCAGCAUGCCAAUCAACGCUUCUGGCAACGCAGCGUCAUGCCGUGGGUCGAAGGCCAGCGCUGUGACGGUGAUGGCGACUCGCAUUGCGGCGGUAGCCGCGCUGGUUCUCGCACUGGAGAUGGCGACGAUGAUCCUCUUGGUAUCAACGGAGUUGGCGUUGGAGAUGGUGUCGGCAUUGGCGUUGGCAGUAGUGGUGGGGGAGGCGGUAUGGGUGUUGGCGAUGGUGGAUUGCAAUCGCCGGAUGAGCAGCCGCAUCAUCGACCGUUUUUUGGGCCGUUUAGGCCGUCUGGACAUGAUUACGCAUCGUCGGAUAUGGAUAUGGGGCUUGGUAGGGGGCCUGGGUCGUUGCAUUCUAUGGAUAUGGCGGGCUUCGGGUUUGAUGGGCCGGAGGAAGGGGAAGGGGAGGGGGAAGGGGAGGGGGAGAAAGAAGGUCAAGAUGUGGAUGCGAAUGAGGGUGGGCAUGGGGAUGAGGUGAGUAAAGGAAGCAGUCCUUGA